AUGUCAGCGCAGGUCGCCGUGACUUUUUCGGCGCCGUCAUGGGCCGCCGGGCGCGUCGCACCGCGCGCCGCCCACCCGCGCGCCUGGUUCCUUCCCGCGCGAAGAUCCCGCCAGUUGUUCGCCAGCAGAGGAAAGACACCUCCAAUCCGCAAACACGGACUCCCGUCGCCUGCAGUUCGGUCCUCCGUCGCGGUCGUCGCCGUCGACGGACGCGGCGCGCGACCCGGGUACGCCACCUUCCGCGGUGGCAGGACCGGCAGCGUAUCCUUCAAGGCGAUCGCCGCGCCUGAUGAACCGGCGAUCCUCCCCGGCCGAGCGUACGAGACGAUGACCGUGGGCAUCCCCAAGGAGUCCACCAAAGGAGAGCGCCGCGUCGCGAUGGCGCCCGAGACGUGCGGCAAGCUCGUCAAGGCGGGGUUCAAGGUGGUCGUGGAGAAGGGCGCGGGCAUCGAAUCCGAGUACUCAGACGACGACUACGUCAAGGAAGGGUGCUCAAUCGUCAACGACGCGUGGAAGGACACCACCGUCGUCGCCAAGAUCCGGCCCCCGUCGCGUGCCGAGCAGAGCAAACUCUCGGACGGCCAGAUCUUGUUUUCAAACAUCUACCCGAGGCAGGACGAGGCGUUGGUCGAAUCGUUACGGGCCCGGGGCGUGACGACGUUCGGUUUGGACUGCGUCCCGAGGACCAUCUCCCGCGCGCAGGCGUUCGACACGCUCUCGUCCAUGGCCAACAUCUCCGGCUACCGCGCAAUCGUCGAGGCGGCGAAUGCGUUUCCUCGUUUCUUCGCCGGCCAGUUCACGAUGGCCGGUAACGUUCCACCCGCCAAGGUGCUCGUGGUGGGCGCGGGGGUCGCAGGCCUGGCGGCGAUCCAGACCGCCAAGAACAUGGGCGCCAUCGUCCGCGCCUUCGACGUUCGCGCCGCCGCCAGGGAGCAGGUGGAGUCCAUGGGCGCGGAAUUUUUGGAGGUUUCAAUCGACGAAUCCGGCGACGGCGACGGGGGUUACGCCAAGGAGAUGUCCCCGGAGUUCAUCGCCGCCGAGAUGGCGUUGUUCGCUCAACAGUGCGAGGAGUGCGACAUCGUGGUGACCACGGCGUUGAUACCCGGCCGACCGGCGCCCAAGCUCAUCAAGAAGGAGAUGGUGGAGAAGAUGCGACCGGGAUCGGUCACCGUGGACCUCGCCGCCGAGGCUGGCGGUAACGUCGAGACAACCGAACCCGGCAAGGUGGUUCGCACCAAGAACGGCGUCACCUGCAUCGGGUACACGGAUCUUCCGGGGCGGUGCGCGGCGCAGUCCUCCACGUUGUUCGGCAACAACGUCGCCAACUUUAUCCUCUCCAUGGGCGACUCCAAGCAGGGGCGGUUCGAGAUUAGGCACGACGACGAAGCCGUUCGCGGCGCGCUCGUGACCCAGGACUUCCAGGUUAUGUUCCCGCCGCCCCCGCCGCCGGCAAAGCCCAACUCCAAUCAGAAUCAGAACAACAUCGUCGCCAAGGGUCAAUCCGACCUUUCGGGUGCCGAGGGUGCCGACCAAGGUGCCGAGGGUUCCACCGACCAAAACGAAGACGCUCGCCCGCCGCCCGCGUGGCUCGGGGAUGCCAAAUCGGCAUUAAUCUUCGGAACGUUCCUCGCGCUGAUGUGCGUCAUCGGCGCCGCGGGUCCGCCCGCCGAGGCUGUCUCCAUCGUCAGCACGUUCUCGCUCGCGUGCAUCGUGGGGUACUUCGCCGUCACCGGCGUCACCGCGGCGCUCCAUUCGCCCCUCAUGUCCGUCACCAACGCCAUCUCCGGCAUGACCGCCGUCGGGGCGCUGGAGCUUAUGCGGGGGGGGCUGGCACCGGCCGGUACCGCCGCCACGUUCGCCGCCGCCGCGGUCGCCAUGUCCGCCGUGAACAUCGCGGGCGGGUUCCUCAUGACCGGACGCAUGCUGGACAUGUUCAAGCGACCGGACGACCCGCCGAGUUACUCCAAACUGUUGAUGGUCCCGGUGGCUAUUACCAUGGCGUAUUACCUUCCAAACGCCGCCGCCGGGGUCGCCACGGGCGCGCUGCACGAGACGAUAGCCCUCGCGUCCGCGUUGUGCUGCAUCGGCGCGAUAUCCAUGCUGUCGUCGCAGGCUUCCGCGCGGACGGGAAACGCUUUGGGCGGCGCCGGCGUGGCGCUCGGCCUGGCGGCCACCGCGGGACCUCGGCUCGCCACCGCGAGCUCGGGGCUGCUGUCGCAAGCGGCGUUGGCGCUGGGCGCGGGCGGCGUGUGCGGCCUCGUCAUCGCCGCGAGGUGCGCCAUCACGGAUUUGCCCCAGCUCGUCGCCGCCUUUCACUCCUUGGUCGGUUUGGCCGCCACGAUCACGUCCAUCGCCGCGUACAUGUCGCACCCGGCGGCUACCGGAGCCGCGCACCUCGGCGCCGCGUGGUUCGGCGUGCUCAUCGGAGCCGUCACGUUCACCGGCUCGAUCGUCGCGUUCGCCAAGCUGCAGGGCCUCGUCCCGAGCAAGGAGGUGUCGCUGCCCGGUAAGAGCGCGUGGAACACCGCGGCGUUACUCGGUGCCCUCUACUGCGGCAAAGUCUUCUUUACUGCGGCAACUUUGGGCGCCGUCGGCGACGCCAGCUGUGCGCUUUACGGAGUGGCGGCGUUCGGCGCUUUCCUCGGCGCGCACGCCACCCUCGCCGUGGGCGGCGGCGACACCCCGGUGGUCAUCACCGUGCUCAACUCGUCGUCCGGCUGGGCGCUGUGCGCCGAGGGUUUCGUCCUCGGCUCGCAACUGCUCACCGUCGUCGGCGCGCUCAUCGGGGCAUCCGGCGCCAUCUUGUCGCAAAUCAUGUGCGUCGCGAUGAACCGAUCCAUCGUCGGCGUCCUGCUCGGCAUCAAGGGAACGCUCAAGGGAGCUAAAAAACCCGGCGUUGGGGUUGGGGGCGCGAUGCUGUGCGACGCGGAGAGGGGCGAGUGCAUCGUGAGCGAUUCCGAGACGGCGGCGAAAGACUUGUUCGACGCCAAGACGGUUUUGAUCGUCCCCGGCUACGGCCUCGCCGUCUCCAAGGCGCAGUACGCGAUGGCGGAUCUGAUCAAGAUGCUGAGGGACGCGGGCAAAGAAGUCGUCGUCGCGGUUCACCCCGUCGCCGGUCGCAUGCCCGGCCAGCUCAACGUCCUGCUCGCCGAGGCUGGCGUGCCGUACGACAUCGUGAAAGAGAUGGAGGAGAUUGAGGGCGACGAGGGUCGGUUCGACGUGAGUUUAGUCGUGGGCGCCAACGACACCGUGAACCCCGCCGCGGUGAUGGACCCCGACAGCGAACUCGCGGGCAUGCCGGUGAUCCAGGUGUGGAGAUCGCACAAGGUGCUGGUGCUGAAACGGUCCUUAGCCGGCGGUUACGCCGACGUGGACAACCCGCUGUUCUUCAACGAGAACACGAACAUGGUGCUGGGCGACGCCAAGGCGACCGUCGACGAAAUGUACGCCAAGCUCAAGAACCUCGUCUGAUCUAUCCGACGCGCGCGUCACCGACGACUGAAUGUAUGUAUGAUUUGUUCCCUACUACUACUGUGUUAUGAUAUCCAACCUACUAUCCCGU